GAUGCUUUUUGCUGCGGGGUCCUUUCUCUUUCUUCUGUUGUCAAGCAAAUUGAUUAUCUGUUUUAUUCCCGUGGGAAGUGUUAUCAAAAGGCACUAAGAACCUUGCUUCGUUUAUUAAACAACAGCGAAGGAAAGGAUUGAGUGACUAAUGAACUAGCAGAACUAUCGUAUCCCAUGUCAUUUAUAACCGUUAAAUUUGGUGAUAAUGAAGAAGAGUUGUUUAAUCCGAAUUGUGUUACCGUCAAUUUACUGGAUAACUUGAGAAGAAGAUGCGGUUGUCAAAAAGGAAUAACGGUGGACUUGUCCGAUGAAGAUGGUGAAAUAAAAAAUCUAAACGAAUUCCCAACUCAGUACGCUCACAGAUUCCUGAAAGGAAGGGAAGUGUUUGUUCUCAUCAAAGUUGAAAAAGGCCAAGGUGAUCAGCCUACGACGUACACAGCACUGUUGAAUGAUCUGGAAAGAUCAAACCCUAAACUUCUUGCUCGCUUAGAGACGUUAUCGAAGUCCUGUACUGAUUCCAAACCUAAAUCUGGACAAAGGAAGGAGUCGCUCUGGAACAAUGUUGCAAAAAUACGAAAGCUUCGCGGUGGUAUGCCAAGUGCAGGACGCAACCGAUCAGAAUCCAAUACUAACUCUAGAGGGGAAAAUAAAACUCUUGGCCCCACUCCUUCCCCACCUGGGAAAUUGCGUCAAAGGAAAGUUUCCAAAACUUGAAGCAUCACCAGUGCUUCGUUUUGAAAGUACGAGUUUAUGAAACAAUAACUUGUUGUUAAUCACGAAACAUCUUUAAAAAAUAUUUGGUUCUAUGAGGGUUAUUUAAACUCACUGGAGUGUUAACCGAGUUAUUUCAUCAGAUAUUUGAAAGGAUUUACCCGGGUCAACUUGGUUGAAUGAAGGGAAUUUUGAUGGUUUCUGAAAGCAGUUUAAAACGUUUUUUCAUGCUCAUUACUAACAUCUGUCAGUAGUCGUACGGCAUCAGUUCAAACACGUUGCUCUAGCUUUUCAGAAGCUUUUAAGGUCUUAUGAAAAAAAACGAAGAGCCAAAUAUCCUCGCACAGCUUUACGUUCAGAAACAGAUAAAAAAACAGCCCAACAGUUCGCAAUUAAAGAAAUUUCAACAUAGUUCUCUCUUUUUUUGCGAGGUUAAAACAGCUCUGCCCUGCAAAAGCUCCUUUAUCUAAUCUUUAUAUGGAGGACCCUUUCUAGGUCAAGCACAAGAUUGGAAUCGUUUCCUAUAACAAUAUUCUCGCUUUUGAAAUCAGCGAGGUGGUGAAAAAAAUUUGACAGAAAGGUUGGGUUAUCUUUUCCAGGAGCAUAAAUGUUAGCCAAAGUUAACAAUUGCUUAUUUUCUUUCAUAUCACAGACACUAAAUAGUUAUGAAGGGUCAAUGUAGAGUUUGAAUUCGUUAAUUACAGUUAUUAAAGAAAAGAGUACAUACCCUUG